AUGAUCACAUGUAUUCAAUGUGAAAAUAACAACAUGGGUGAUGAAGGUUCUAUUCAAAAUUUAGGAGCUGAGUGGAAUGAAUUUUUAAUGAAAUUUCAUGCACAAAACGAAAAAGUCAAACAAAGUUUACGUAAAGUUGAUCUUUUUCCUGGAAAAGAUCUCGUAUGUUUUGUUCUGUACAAUGUAUUUGCACCAGAAGAAUGCCAAUUUCUUAUCGAUUCAAUAGAAAAUAUUGGUUUUAACAAACUUCUAUAUGGAGAAAAUUAUCGAACAAAUACAAGAACUCAGAUAAAGCAAACUGAUCUUGCAAAUGAAUUUUUUCUACGUGUUCAAGAUUUUCUACCAAAACAAUGGCCUGGCCACAAAAACACUUCACACUGGGAAUUAAUGAAUCUCAAUGAUCAUUUAAGAAUAUGCCGAUACGAACCAGGUCAAUUUUUUGCACCACAUUUCGAUGGAAUUUUUUAA